AUGAUACUAUUUCGUUACGUGCCAAGUUUGCAUAGCACACCUGAGCGUUUCAGUUCAUAUGGGAAUGCGAUCGCGUGGGAAAAACUGGUGGAAGAAUUGGAAAGUCGAGGUGUUAUGUUGGAUGAGGAGAAGAAAACCUUCGAGGAGAAAUUACUGGCCGAGUCACAGGCGAGAGAAGAGGAACACAGUCGUUACUUGAGUUUGGAAAAGGUAAAAAGAGAGCUGGAAAAGGAACGCGAACGACUGGUAAAACUAACAAAAAAGCUGAAAGACGAUCUUCAAAGUGUUAAGAAUGAAUUGAAGAUAACGAACGAAACAAAGCAAACUUUGGAACAAGAGAAAAUCUCGUUGAAUGCUAAAACUGAACACCUUGUGAGCAAUAUGGAGGUUAGCUGA